AUGACAGUCGGAUUUCGGUCUGAUAUCUCCUCAAUUACAAAACGCAAUAGCAAUACAAAGGGGUCGAGGUCUGAUAUGGAGGUGGAUGGAGGCUGUAAGGAAACCGUGAUUGGAAACAAAGCGGUGCAAAAUGCGAAAUCAUCCCAUCCCCGGCGCCGCCGAUUGCUUUUAUCAACGGAUAGUGCUUUCGCCGAUACCGUCCUGCCGUCCCUCGUUCAGAACCCAUACAUCGAGCUACGACUGAUCACAGACGAACCCUCCGCUUUGCUCACCGGCACCAACAAGAUCCCACACUACAUGGAUACGGUCGACAGCCAAACGUUCGAUAAGAAAACUGGGGCGCGGAAAUGGCUCAAGGCGAAGACGGCGGAGCUCUGCGAAUGGGCGGACAUGCUCUUGGUUGCGCCUAUCGAUGCCGGAGCUCUGGGGGCGAUGCUGGCCGGCUUGACAAAUACCUUGACGUUGGCGCUCCUUCGUGGCUGGGUCUCAAAGAAACCUGUGAUCCUCAUUCCCGGAAUGACGGUGUCGGAAUGGGACCACCCGCUUAGUACUCGGCAGCUCGAUGAAAUCAGUCGCUUUUGGCCUUGGAUUCGCACUGUCAAGCCUGUGCUCUGGAAGUCAAACGGGCCCGAAGACCUGACAAUACUGCCAUGGGACGGCCUGGAGGAGUUACACCAGACACUGGAGACAACAUUAAAAUUACCGCCAUGGGAAGCUACCCUAUCGACCAGACCAAUUCCCCAUAGCGCUACGGUCCCGGAUAGAACUGCAUCGAAAUCUACAUCUGGAAAUGCCACCAGCUCCACGCCGCAGACGCAACAUACAGGAAAAGCCGAUUUUUUACCACUGGAAAUCUGGCUGAAUGUCUUUGAGGAUCAAGUGCGAGACUGGGAAACGGCGAAAGCCGUGGGCAUUCCAACUCAUCUCCCCGUUCCCCAAGAAUGGCAGAGCCAUCUACCCAAGAUGUCCACCACGGCCACCCUCGAAUAUACAAUCCUGCGAGGAUCCUUCGCCGCCAUCAAAAAACGCAUCGAUGCGCUGCCUCGCUGGAAACCGCUCUCCGACCUUGCUUGCCACCUCAUUGUUAAAUUCUCCCGCACCGACAUCCUUUCCUAUCUCACCGAAAACCACCUGGACCUCCUCUGGACAACCUCUCGACUCACAAACAUUCCAUAUCGAGCAUCCGCGAUCUACGGCAACCCGAACGUACUGACAUGGUGGCGUGAUGCGCCCGCUCUCCCAAACAAAGAAUACAUGGCCGACGCCAUGGACGGCGCCUCCCGGGCCGGGUUCAUCGACGUAUUGGAUUGGUGGCUCCACUCAGGACUCCCGCUACGGUAUAGCGAGCGUGCCCUCGAAGCCGCCAGCGCCGAAGGUCGAGUCGCCGUACUCGACUGGUGGAAAACCGCCUCCGCCAAUGCCCCACCGUCCAAUCCCUUGCCUCUCAAGGUCGGCAAAUCCGUCCUGCUUGCAGCGCAGUCGGGCCGCACUGCAUCACUUGCCUGGUGGGACGCAUCAGGGAUCCCUUAUAGUCACGCUGAGAACGUUGCCCGCAUCGCGAGCACGCAUGGCCAUGUCCAUGUCCUCGAGUUCUGGUAUAAACUUAAAGGCCCGAAGAUGAUCUUCGAUAACCAGGUGCUUGUCGGCCCGACGAAGAACGGCCACGACCACAUUCUGCAGUGGUGGAAGAGCUGCGGUAUGCGGGUUGAAUUCAAGACUUGUGACAUUGAGGAAGCGCUUGAGGAUGCUGAUCCGAGCUCUGGCGCUGAGGGUCGUGUUCGGCGUUGGUGGGAGCGGAAUGGGCUGAACCUUGGAGUUGGCACGACUCGCCGCUGUGGCGCCGAGGCUCCACCAGUAAAUCGUAACAUCAACCUCCAACCUAACCAAUUACUUGCAAACAUUCUGCUGAUGCUGGCGCGCUGGGUCCUGCGACGCGCGCUGCGCGGUUCAAACUCAAGAGCAAUAUCAACUCGCACGCGACAGCCAUCACAAAAUCCUUAUAACAACAUCCCGUCAAAUGGCAUCAAUGGUCUCCACAGCAUCACAAGAAAGAGACAGAGCAUGGCUCAAAAUGUCCGACUCAAUAUUAUUCAAUCACGAACCCUUAUGACGGAGGCUAUUCCAAGCAUUGCUGUACCACCUCUCCUGUUCAUCGGACUCCUACUCGGUCUAUGGACCUGGAAAUGUUUCUGGAUCAUCGUCAUGCAAAACAAGCUCCUGUAUCUCUCCUGGCUUCCCCCAUUUACAAGAUCAGAAACAAUUUCAGAUUACAAGGCUGAAUGCACACCGGUGCAGUGGGAGGAGAAGCAGAUUCGCAGCUUGGACGGGACUAAAUUGGCUGUUUGUGAGGGUCACAUUCCGAUUCUCGCAAAGGAUAAUAUGUCCUCGUUGAAUAAUAGUGCCUCACAAAAUAAAGAUCAGUCCGUUGUGAUCUGUUACUUUCAAGGCAAUGGAGGAUCAACACCUAUGCGGUUGCCUCUUCUCUCUCACGUCUUGCGCGCAAUUACCGAAACGGCAAGAUCAUCUUCACUAUCUAUGUCUGUCGCCGAUAUGUCUCAAUAUACUAUCGCUGCUCUAUCAUACCGCGGCUACUGGACAUCAUCUGGUCGUGCCACACAGUCCGGCAUUGAGAUGGAUGCCCAGGCAUUCUUGAAUUGGGUUUCGGAAACAUAUGCAUCCCCGGACACCGAUCUUGAGAUCGUGAUUUGGGGACACAGCCUGGGUGCUGCUGUUGCAAGCUCAGCAGUAUCUACAUAUCUUGCCCGUCAACAUGAGGGGCAGACCUCAAAUACAAACAGUAACAGGCCCCUGGCGCCAAUUUCGAGGCUCAUUUUGGAGGCGCCAACAUCCAGCAUUAAAGACAUGCUCAUCAGCCUCUAUCCUCAGAAAUGGCUUCCAUACAGGUAUCUCUGGCCGUUCUCUUGGAAUAACUGGGAUAUCAAGGCGAAGAUGCAAGAAAUGGCUACAUGGAGAGACGAACCUGGGUCUCAAAGCCCCAAUGAAGCUACGCCACCAAUACCUCGCUCGCUUCCGCCGAUCUUCCUUAUAUCUGGUGAUAAAGACGAAGUCGUCCCACCAUACGUACCAGACCAGUUAGAACAACAUGCCAAGUCUCUCGGCCUGGAGAUCCAGAGGAAAGAUGUCCUUGGUGCUAUGCAUAUAGAGGCUCCACUCAAACUGGAUGGUAGGAAGGCAAUGGUCCAAUUCAUUCUCAGCGGCACAUCCGUGCCCAAGACAUAA